GAUGGUGACAAUAAAAACCAAUAAAAGCUCUUAAAUAACCUCAAUCAAAUUUUAUGGUUUAUUCAGCGAAUUUGUACAAAAUGAAAUCGACAGUCUCGUACUAUGGUAUGUUGGAAAAGCCACGCUGUUGUCGCAUCUUGAACACGAAAUAUUUGGCAUUAUUAAGUGGAAUUUAUACUCUGAAUAUUUCCAUUCUUGUUGUUCUGAUGUUUGGAUGGCAAAUAAAUGCAAAUUUCAAGCGUUAUCAAGAUCUCGGCGAUGUUUACUAUGGAAUUCAAAUAGCUCAAAUCGCCAUAAUAGCGACACAAUUCUCCAUGGUGAUACUAAGCAUUGUAUUAAUUUUUGGAAUUCAUAAUGAAAAUGCGACUUUGGUUGUUCCAUGGAUAAUCGGAUUUUUGACGUUUAUGUCUCUCGAAACCGUCGCAAUGGUCUACUCCAAUGUACUGAGGGAUCACAUCUUUAAGACUUUGGCUAUGUGGUCGGUGAUCCGAUAUCAUCAUUUAUUGCGCUCGGGGGUCUCGUGGAAAAUUAAUAAAAAUAUUGUUGAGCUCUGA